AUAGUUUUUUUGUGGAGAUAUUGCCAUCUGGUGGUGACUAGAAACAAUUGCAUAAUAGGAAUGAUUACAAAUUGAUGGUCCUUAAGUUAUUGAAUUUCACUUGCCACUGUCUAUACGAACCCCAUGAAUGAGACUUGGACGUGUAGCAUGGCAGACCACGUAUUAUCUUACUCUACUCCCUCUCCCUUUGGUAGCCUUCUGCGAGGCCUGCAGAAGAUUGAGGACCGCCCUGAGGAGAGGAUGAUCCGGGAGAAACUCAAAGCUACCUGUAUGCCCAACUGGAAGCACGAAUGGCUGGAGAGACGCAGUAGGAGGGGCCCCGUGGUGGUGAAGCCCGUCCCCCUGCAACCAGACGGGAGCGAGGCAGGUUGCAAGGCGGCCGAGGAUGAAUCCAACACGCUCACCAACGCUUCCCCCCAGCAGAUCGGUGGCCUCCGCAGCCCCUCCCCUGGACACCCCUCUUCCUCCUCCUCCUCUUCCUCUGGCAGGGCCUGCGGGAAGCCUGAGUCCCCAGGGGUGCACAGGAAGAGGGCCUCACCCGUGCCAUUUCAGAGUGGCAGGGUGACCCCCCCUCGCCGGGUGCCCUCCCCAGAUGGAUUCUCCCCCUACAGUCCCGAGGAGACUAGUCGCCGUGUCAACAAGGUCAUGAGGGCCCGCCUCUACCUACUGCAGCAGAUAGGCCCAAACUCCUUCCUGAUUGGAGGAGACAGCCCUGACAACAAAUACAGGGUGUUCAUUGGCCCACAG